AUGUUGUCUGGAUAUAGCACAAAGGGGUCAAAAGCUUGCCCGACUUGUGGUGAGGAGACUGAUUAUUUGAGGUUGCAUCAUGGAAAGAAAGAAAUCUACAUGGGGCAUCGAAAGUGGCUUCCGAAUGACCAUAUUUUUCGUACAUGGCGCAGUAACUUCAAUGGAUCAACUGAAUAUCGUAGACCACCCAAACCAAUGACUGGGUUAGAUUGCUUGGAGGCAACUAAUACAUUGACAUUCCAACUUGGAAAGGGAAAGGAAAACGGGUCCACUCGUAAAAGAAAACGAGUUCAAAAUAAUGAUAACACAGAGUACACAGGGCCGUGGAGGAAGCAAAGUGUUUUCUUUCAGCUGCCUUAUUGGAAGAACUUAUUACUGCGUCAUAAUUUAGAUGUCAUGCAUGUUGAGAAGAAUGUUACAGAUAGUGUCAUUGGGACUUUAUUAGGAAUUGAUGGGAAAAACAAAGACAGCUUAAAGGCCCGCCUUGACAUGGUUCUAAUGGGUAUUAAGCAUUCACUACAUCCUCAGCCACGUGGUGGCCGAACAUGGUUGCCUCCAGCGAAAUACACCUUAUCCAAUGAUGAGAAGACAUUAAUAUGCAAAAUAUUUGAAUCGGUUCGGGUUUCUGAUGGAUUUUCAUCAAAUAUUCGUAGAUGUGUAAGAAUCGCUGAAAGAAAAUUAGUUGGUCUUAAAAGUCAUGAUUGUCACAUAAUCAUGCAAUAUCUACUUCCAGUGGCUAUUCGUCAUGCUCUACAACCAGACAUAGCUAAGGUGUUAUUGGAGCUCAGUGCAUUUUUCAGGCAAUUAUGCACUAAAGUUGGUACAGUAGACCAUUUUCGUGAUUUGUCCAAUCGGAUUGCUGAAACACUUUGCAAAUUAGAGAUGUUAAUGCCACCAUCUUUUUUUGACAUCAUGGUACACCUUCUGAUACACUUGGCAGAUGAAGCAGCAAUUGCAGGGCCUGUACAAUUUCGAUGGAUGUACCCAAUUGAAAGGUACCUACAUGACUUAAAAAAAUAUGUACGCAAUCGGAGUCAGCCUGAGGGAAGCAUUGCAGAGGGUUACAUAAUUGAGGAAUGUCUAUCAUUUUGUACUAUGUAUUUGUCAGAUGGGGUCGAGUCAAAGAGAACGAGGAUUGGUCGUAAUGCUGAUGACCCGGAUAUUGUUCCUCAUAUAGAGGAAAAAGUACAACGAAAAGAAGAUGUCGAUCCAGACAUUCGAGCUUUAGCUAUAGGACCAAGUAAAGAUGCAAGGCGAUUUAACAAGUACAUCAUGAAUGGUUUUCGCUUUUUUGUCAAAUCUAUUGACGCAAAAUCAAAGACUCAAAACUGUGGUGUUUUUGUUAAAGCUGAGGUCAGUAGCUAUGCUAGAGCAGGAGAUCACAGACCAAGGGACGGUGUAAAAGACUACUAUGGUGUACUGACAGACAUUAUUGAGCUAGACUACCACCAUGGUCGAAAAGUCUUAUUAUUUGAUUGUGAUUGGGCAGAUAAUAGAGUCCGCAAUAGAGCUGUUAAAAUGGAUGAAUAUGGCUUCAUUUUGGUAAACUUUGAUCAUCUACUUCCUAAGCCAGACACUCUCAUUCUUGCUUCACAAGCCGUGCAAUUUUUCUAUAUUCAAGACCCAACUCAACCGGCUUGGCACACGGUGAUUCGAACCCGACCCAGAGAUUUGUUUGAUAUGGGCACAGACAUAGAACCCGAGCCGUAUGACACCCAAAAUUUGGUUAAUAACGAUGACGGAAUAACAAGAACAGAUGUUGAUGGUGUUUUAGUGGAUGGGGUGAUCGAAUAA